UGGGUGUGGAGGGGUUGGAAUGGGAUGGAUAAGGGGUUGUGAGGGGAAUUGAUGUAGUUUUGGCACCAGCUUGUUGUUUUUUGUGUUUUUUUGAAAGGUUUGUGCUGUUGGAAGAUUACUUCUGGGUUUCUGAAUACAGUUUCUGAAUUAGUAUAAUUUAGAGAAUCGGGGCAAAAAGAAUAUCCGAAGGCUAUUUCAGAAAUAACUAUGGAUAUGAUUAGAAUCAUUUCAAAAUUUGAAGUUGUCUACGACUUUAUCGAAUUUUGGAGAGAACUUGGGGCUCUCACAACAAAGCCUGAGCUCCAAAAAGUAAAAUAAUGAAUAUUUCCAGAGUUACACCAUGACUUGCUGGGAUUACAUCUGGAGACCACUUUUGUUCUAUAAUAUCUUGGGCACAUUAUUAGUUUUUGCAGGCUAUAGUGAAGAUGACUCAGAUUACUUCGUUUUCCCACUUGCAUGCUCAGUAUAUAUUUUUACAAAUAUUUUUGUCCAGAGGACUAAGAAGAGCUACAUUGGGUUGAUAGUCUAUUUCUCUUUCUUCAUCUUAAUUGUGACUAACUUGAGUGUGACUAGUCCUUCAUACCAAUAUAAUGAAUGCUGGAGUGUUAUGAACAUGAUAUUUAUUAUCAUAGCUAUCGCAUUUUGUCUAGAAUGGAGAAGGAUAACUAAGGUAUUUUUGAUGGCCAAACUUUACUACCUUUUGAACAUCUACUAUUUCUAUGGUUCUAUGUCGUUUAUGGCAUUGUUUUGCUUUGGGUUUGAGAUCAUCUUAGUGUGCAUAAUCACAAUUGCUCUUUCCAAAAUUGUUUUGAGUUUCAUUGAAAUGAAUAUCAAAAUUCAACACUUGUUGAAGACUAUCAGAAAGCUGCUCGAAGUUUUCCCAGAGCCAGUUAUUAUUGAAUCAUUGGACCCUGAGGCCAGAGAAAUUAUCACUAAAUUUACUAAUGAUGCAGCUAAGAAAGAGUUCUUUGACAAAAAGAAGGAGCAAGAGAAUCAAAGCGUUUCUAAAUUCUUAAAGGCACAAAGAGAUUUACUUCGGUCUUUAAAGUCUGAAGUCUGUAGUGAAAUCGAGAUCCAGCAAGCUGAUACUUCUGAAGCUAGACACUUUAAUGCUAAAACUAUUACAGUCGAAUGGGAAUCUGACAAACAAGCAUCCAUGCACGUUUUUACAAAUAUGACUGAUGUAAAAUAAACUUGAACAUGAGAAAGCAGUCAAUAGAUGUUUGCAUCUCAUGUUUUCAUCAGUUUCUCACGAGCUUAGAACACCUCUAAACGCCUUCAAGCAUGCAAUUGAGUUCAUGAAAACCUCGUAUGAUGAGUAUAAAGAGAGUAUUCGUAGAGGUGUAUUAGGGCAGAGUUUGAAAAAGACUGAUGAAAUCUUCAACAAGUUCCAUAAAAUUGCAUCAAUAUCUUCUUCUACUCUGCUUUAUCUGGUAGAAGAUAUUUUGGAUUUAGCAAAGAUUGAAUCAGGCAAAUUUUCUCUAUCUAUACAUCCAUUCAAGAUAAAAGAUCUAGCUAAUGAAGUUGAAUUUAUCUUUGGAUUCCAAUGUGCUCAAAAAUAAACUAAAAUUCGUGAUAAAAUAUGAUGGGUAUGAUAAUGAAGCUAGAGAUCCGGGUUCCACUAUUGUAAAUUCUGAUAUAGGAAGAAUAAAACAAGUUCUUAUUAAUCUUAUCUCUAAUUCUUACAAAUUUACACAAAAAGGAGGUAUCUUUGUGACAAUCUCACAUGAAAAGCAGUUUGAUUUUGAUUCUUUCGAGUAUCAAUCUAUGCUUAGAUUCACAGUGAAAGAUACAGGAAUUGGGAUUCCAAGUGAAAUGCAAGCAGACUUAUUCAAAAUCUUCGGAAAAGUUGCUCAAAGCGACAAGAAAAUUAAUGUGGAAGGCUCUGGCCUUGGCCUGAAUAUUUCCAAGAAACUAGUCAAAGCCUUAGGAGGCAGAAUUGACUUGAUCUCAGAAGAAAAGAAAGGAACAGAAGUGACAUUCACUGUCAAAAAUCAUCCUCACGCACAAAGAGCCUUACCAAGAGAAGUAGGUCUAAAUUUUGAGACAUCAAGUGGCUCUUACAACAUCAGUGAAGAACCUCUCGCAAUAAGCAGAUUGAACAAAAUCCGCAAAUUCUGCCCUCGAGAGUCACGAUUUACUAAAUAAUCACCAAUUCAACUUCUCCUG